AUGGCUGCCGCCGGCCUGGAAGAAAAGUAUUUGACAAUGCCGGCGGCAGCCCUAGCCAAGUCGCUGUCACUUUUGCCACAGCCAGCAGCUCCCCACCGAGGGAGCCCCAAGAAGUGUCUGGUCUAUCCGCAUCCCCCGAGGAGCUCCCGCCUGUCUCCUUCCAUUCUGCGUUGGCUCCAGGGCCUGAAUCUCAGCUUCUUCCCCAGGAACAUCCUCAGAGAUUUUUCAAAUGGCUUCCUGAUUGCAGAAAUAUUAUGUAUAUAUUACCCCUGGGACCUUAAAUUAUCAUCGUUUGAAAAUGGAACCUCAUUAAAAGUCAAGUUGGAUAACUGGGCACAGAUAGAGAAGUUUCUGGCAAAAAAAAAUUUUAAAUUACCCAAAGAACUAAUCCACGGAACAAUCCAUUGUAAAUCUGGAGUACCUGAAAUAUUGAUACAAGAGGUUUACACUUUACUAACACAUCGACAAAUUAAAAGUAUUCAGGAGGACUUCGUGAAUUUCACAGACUAUGGUUACCAGAUGAAUUUACCCCUGGUUCCCAGGUCUACAGCUUCAAGGUCUAUUAAGGAUAACAUUAGGUUAUCAGAAUUAAAAAGCAAUCCCAACCUCCUCAACAAUGAACUUAAAGUAGAGUUCCUCUUCCUUUUACACAUGUUGCAAAGGAAAUUAAGCAGAAAAUUGAAUCCAACAUGGUUUGAUGUCAAACCAACAGUGGGAGAAAUUACUCUUGAUCAUCUUCCUUCCCGAGGCUCUGGACACAGAUACAAUUCAAAGAUUUCAAGGCAAAGAAUUGCUCCUUUACCAAAGGCAUGUAAUGGCAAUCCACAUAAAGACAUUCAUGUAAAGCAAGCUGAAAAAGAUGAUUCCUCUGUAAUGAAACCUAUCAAGAACAUGGAAAAGAAAACUUGA